CCAGCCUCGCAACGCCGAAAACGCACCUCUUCGACCAAUGGGGUUUGGUCUUUCUAUCCACGUGCAGGUUUCGCGGCAAAAAAGAUUUCGCGCGAAAACCGACCAACAGCUUGUUUGGAUGUCGAUCAGCUGGGACAAUAACAACAAAAACGGUCGAAAGCUGGGUCGCGAGGACACUUUUACAGAUUGGCCGCGCCCAGUGGUGAGCGACCCGAGGACCUCAGCCUGCCGGUUUGAUGAAUGAACCACGGCAUCACAGUGUCCAGUGAGGGCCACCAUGUCAGAAACUCUGAUAACAGGGCAGACGUCGGAGGAUCUGCUGGCAGAUUUUGAGACGCUGCUGAACUCUGGGAGCAUAGACCUGGGCGAGGAGCAUCAGAUAGUCAUCAUCACCAGCCCCAGCAACGAGGGGCUCCACCCGGCCGUCGCCCCGACCAGCACAGGGGAGAUCCUGCUCUUCGCCACGCCACAGGGCCCCACCGACGUAGGGGUCCAGGACAAGAGGCGGCCUGUUCUGGGGAGGCCUCCGGUAAAGAGGAAGUUGGACCUGGACAGCGAUCAUCAGUAUGUCAGUACCACACGACCAGCCACAGGCCAAGUCCCGCCCUCCACACCUGCUCCUCCUAGAGUUCCUCGAAGCUCGACGGAGAAGUCCCGAUACGACACAUCCCUAAACCUGACCACCAAGCGCUUCCUGAACCUGCUGUCGCAGUCAGCCGACGGCGUGGUGGACCUGAACUGGGCCUCCCAGGUCCUGGAUGUCCAGAAGAGACGCAUCUAUGACAUCACUAAUGUCCUGGAGGGAAUCCAGCUCAUCUCCAAGAAGUCCAAGAACAACAUCCAGUGGCUCGGCAACCGCAUCGAUACCAGCCUGGUGUCCCGGCACAAGGAGCUGCAGAGGGAGGUGUGUGACCUGACUGAGGCCGAGGAGCAGCUGGAUGAACUCAUCUCUAAAUGCACUCUGCAGCUGCGGCUGCUCACCGAGGAACCACAGAACAAGAAGCUGGGCUACGUGCGCUGUCAGGACCUGCGGCAGUCAUUCGACUCCCCAGACCAGCUGGUCAUGGUGGUCAGAGCUCCUCCAGAGACUCAGAUGCAAGUCACAGAGCCCAACGAGGGCUACCAGGUGUCGCUCAGGAGCACGCAGGGUCCCAUAGACGUCUUCCUCUGUCCAGAGGACAGCUCAGGCGUGUGCAGCCCCGUGAUGGGUGGCAGCCCUUCUCAAAGCAACUCCGACCCCCCCCACGCCCCAUCCCCCACGCCACCCGCCGAGCAACUGCCACUGCUGACCCGAACCGGAGCAGCGGCGCUGGACGUGGGUGUGUCUUCUCCAGCGUCCACCUCAUCCACGGUAACGGCGGCCUCCCAGCAGGAGGCUUCGCCGCUGGUGCUGGGUGGGGAUGCAGAAUCUCUCCUGGGGGGAGACCUGUUCUCCAGCCUGGGGGACAUCAGCCACUUCGACCUGUCGCCUCUCUCGUCCUCGGACCUACUGAACGGAGAAGGCCUUCCUCUCCCGUUGGACAGUUUCAUCAACCUCUCCCCUCCCUAUAGACACGACUACCACUUUGGACUGGAGGACCAUGAAGGAAUCAGCGAACUGUUCGACUGUGACUUUGAGGACUUGUCGCACGUUUUGGGUGACGGGUAGACGGAGAAAAGUCAACUUAAAUCGUUCCCAAUGUAGGACUUUACCUUUCUGCUGAAGGAGAGCUGUGAACCAAUAUUUCACAGUCCAAUCUUAGUUUUCCUUCCCUUUGGGCUCUGGGAAAUUGCCUAGUUAUGUAAUUUUAAAUUUGCCCUUAAUUGUACAUACCAAUGUGAGCACUUCUCUGUGGCUAUUUUUUUAAAUUUUGACCAGGAUUUCAGCUUUAGUAUGGCUAUUUAAAUUAUUUAUAUAAGUUUAUUCUGAUAUUUUGUACCACGUUGUUGGUUUUGGAUGUAUUAUCCAAGUAGACAUUGGGCAGAGGGGGAUUGGAGUUUGCAUGUGCAGCAACAUGACGUCUAGGAUCGGUUCCUGUGAACACUGAUUCCAGAUGUUUGAGAUUGCCUCAGUGUUUCUCUGAAAGGCCUUCAGGUUGAGGAGCUUUGACUGUCAAGGGAAGAUUGACGGCCUAGAAAGCAUCCUGGAGAUUUUCAGAAUGAGAAUCAGCAGAAAAGCACAAAGUAAUUACAACGUUGGAAGAUUCUCCAAACACUGGAAUCCUGUAAAACUAGAUCAUGAUGUAUCUACGAGAUGUUUUUAAAGUCAGAGCCCCCGACGGGAUUUUUUAUCCACUCUUCCUGAAGUACUCUUCUCUGAUUACAUUGUAAGAAUCAGCUUUCUUAGAAUUGACCAGUUUUGAGGACUUCUCUAGAGGAGAAACGGUGUCGGUGUGUGGGGAAACCAAGUGGUGACAGAUGAGGAGGAAUUUCUUAGCAUCCUGGUAAAAAGAAGUUCAAAUAGACCCAAAAUAAACCCAUCAUUUAUUCUUGUGGCAUAAUCUCAAAACUGAAAAGUUUAGAAAAACAAGAUCUUUAUUUUGUUAAGAAAUAAUUGCAUUCUAGUUAAGAAGUGUGAAUUUCAACAUGGCGACACCCAUCCAUUGCAUUAGCUCUGACAAACAUUUUAAGCUUUACUUUCCACAAACACCACUUUAAAUUUCUUCAUCACAUCAUUCCAGGCUCUACAUGUAACACUGAUUUAAGAUGCAUUCUUCCACCUGUGUUCUGUAAACAUGUUUCCCUCACAUCUCACUACUGUAGAUGUGAGGAGUGGCCAUAUUGAAAUGCAAAGUCCACCCUACAAGUUAUAACUAAGGGCAGUCGUAGUUGCUCAGUUUCCCCAGUGGGAAAUCCAAUUUCAGAGGGCAAUCGGGGCUGUUUUUUCUGACUGGGAAGACAGAAUUUUCCAGUUUUUAGUGCAUCUGUAAUGCAGCAUUAGCCCACGGGUUUUCUAACAGAUUGAGGUCUGGCCAUUGAAAAGGCUGAUAUUGUGUCUGGUGAACCAUUCCCAUGUUGAUUGGAUCUGAUGUUUGGGGUUAUCAGAUUCUGACUGAUUUUCCUUUCACUGCGAGUCCAUCAGUUCUUUAUUAUUCUUAAUGCUCUGUUUUUUACUCUAUGUCCAUAUUGUCAGGCACACAGCAUCACAGACUCUACUAGAUUUUUCUUUCUUGUGGAAAAGCGCCAUCCUUUGCUCCUUUGAGAUGAUAUGUUGGUGUAGAUUUCCAGUCAUCACUGACAAAGCAGAAGGCAACUGGUCUUCUUCUGCUGUUUCACCUCUCAUCCAUAAAGCUUCAUCCAAAAAGCUUCUGAACAUUGUUGGAAGUAGCUGUAGUCAGAACUCUCACAACAAUAUGACUAAGGUUGUAAAUGUGGCAAUUAGGACACAAAUCUCUAGCUACGCUUAAAAUUUACCAUAUUGCACAAUUUGACAUCUAGAAAAUAAAUGUGCAAUUUCCAAUUUUGUAAAAGCAUUUUUUUUUUUAAUCAAAUGUUUUGGUGCUAGGAUGGCGCUAGGGUUUUUGGCCGUAUAAAAUUUGGUUUAAUUUGCAAAACUGCAACAGAAACACUAUUUCAUCCUCAAAUGAUCCUUGACCGGAUGCUGCCACUGGCGCAAACCACGAAGAAGGAAGCAGUUGGAGGGUGAUGGCGCAUGAAUUAUUGUUCAUGAGUGAUUUUUAAUUCCAUUUUUUAUUUAAUGAAAGCACUGCAAUUGCAAAAUUGUGUUUUUUUGACAUUAGCGGAAUACCAACAAAGUUUUACUCACAUUUAAAAUGGAAACACAGCUACUGGUGCUUCCCCUCCGCCCAGCUAAAUGUUUGGAUUAUUUUUGCUUUUGAGAUUAUCUCAUUUUAUGAUUUCUAAAUAUUUUUACGCCUUAUGAUCAACUGUUUACCAACCCACUGAUAUUAUUCUUGUUUGCACUUCAGGAGGUAGCAACAAACCACAAUGAACUGUAAGCGGUAGAAUGCUAUCGUGGGGUCAGCGUUGACGUUUUGUAUCAGGUCAAAAGUGAAGACGAAGGAGUGAAUAACAAGUUUGUCAGGGUCGCUUGUUUAUUGAACUAUGAUUUGAAAGAGAUUUCAGUCUCAUCAGACCAAACCAAAUGAUUCCAGAUUAAAUUCAAGUAGAAUUUUAGCAAACUUCAUAUCUCUUGUCACGGUAGGACAUUUCUCCCAAACAGCUGGUUAAAUGGCAUAUAAUGGUUGUUAUGGCAACUUGGAGAUGCCAGAUUUUGCCCCUGUUGUCUGAACAGUGAGCUUUACCCUUUUUGACCAUCCUUCUCACUGUGGGACAUACUAGUGUCAAAACAUAAUGGGAAUGUAUAAAUUCAAAACAAUUAUGCCUCUGUAGAUUAUGUUAAAACAGCGACUUUUUCCUCUACAUAAUAAAUUCUCUGAAUUUAAAGGUAGGGUACUUAAUUUUUUUAGAUGAGAUUAUGCUGCUGCAAUAAAAGAUUUAAGUAAAUUGUUUUUUUGUUUUGUUUUUUUUUUUUUUACCAGCAAUGCCAAGAAGUUUGUUUCCAUGUGUGCAGACUGCUGCGGCUUUGAGAAGAAGUUAAUCCUGAUCAGACUUACUCAGUCCUCACGGCGUUCAGCCGCAGUCGCAGGUGUUUGGAUCAGAGUGAAGUCUUAACUCAAACAUGUGAACAGGUGUGUUUCUAGAAGGGCUUUGUGUAGGUUCUGGUGUGUUUUAUUUUCCUUUACAUGUCUAGCAGAAGAUUCAGAUGUUAGACGUUCACGUGCUGGAAGACAUGGAGCUUUAAUCUCAAUCUCAAAGCUUACACAGUGGGCUGCGGAUCACACUGAGUUGUUGCAGGUGUUAGGAAAGAUUAGGUAGAAGUUUUAGAUUUGGGGAAAAAGGAAAGCAGAAACAAGGAUGUCCUGUUGUUUUUCAGCAAAUGCACUUCAGAUCGCCUCAGUAUUGCUCAUGCCUUAAAUCAGUUACCUAUCAGGUAGAAGGGAGUCAGUCAUCUUCAUCUUGACUGAAACCCUUCAUUCAUGUUUUUUUCUGCUUCAAUUGCAUCAACCUGCAUCUUCAUAUUUGAUUACAAAGCUUGGAGAAACUGUCCGCUUUCAGUUUAGAUCAGCAAUAAGGCAUUUUCUCCAUAUAUCAGAUGUUUCUCAUGCAAUGUUGUACAUGUAAAGUCUUUGUCUUAAAUUAUGUAAGCUAACCAUUUUAUUUGAAUUUUUUUUGCUUUCGUAAGCAUUGGACUUUGAUGUGUGUGGGUGUUUAUGUUUAUAUUUAUUUUUUGUUCUGGAAAAGGGUUUAGGAGGGAUAAAGAUACAGGUAAAUUUCAUUCUGUCUGGCUGGUAGAGACUUUAUUUCAAAUAUUAUCCCCCGAAUUGUGACAUUUUUGUAAAUCUUAACCUUGUUUUGUGCAUAUUUAUAACUUAAUGUUUUUUUCCUGUCCUAUUUAAAUACAUACUGUAUUUCUCCACAUUUGAUUAGUUAAUAACUCCUAAAUAAGGUAAAAAUAACUUUAAAAAGAUGGAAAGUUUUUUUUUCCUUUAUUGAUAGACGUUUAUUAUUUCGUGCUUGAAUUGUAAAAUUGGUUUGAAACAAAAAUAUUUGUCACAAGUAGAAUUUCUAAUCUGAAAUGAGCCAUUUUUUCAGUUUCAUGCUUCAAACUUCUUUUAAAGUGUAAAAUUUUUAUAACUAAUCUCAUAUUUUAUCUUAAAAUCCAGUUUAUAACAUGUAACUCAGUGAUUCUUGAGAAGAAGGACAGAACAGGUCUUAUGGAUAAAGCACAAAAUUUGAAUAAAAUAUGCACAAAAUGUAUUAUUUUUAUUUAUUUAUUUAUUUUUUUUUUCAAAAUAUUUGACUAAACUAACCUAGACCACGUGAGCAGAACAAUGUAUGUUUUCCUGGUGUUUGCUGAAUACUUUUCAUUUUAAACAUUGUAGUAGGUGGAUGGUGUCUGUAUAAUCCCUUGUCCUGGAGCAGAACUCGAUACAUUAUAAUAGUUUAAAACAAAUAAAGGAAUGAUACUAAGAUAAUAUAUCUCAAGUAUAAGUAUUCAAAUAAAUAAUUAUAAAAGUAUCAAUAAAUUGAAUUAAAAAUCAUUUUUAUAUAUUUUGCAACUCAAUUGAAAUUUGUCCCAAGUUUUUGUCAACACCGUCAGACAUAAAAAUAAU